AUGGCUGGACAGACGCUGCCGACGCGUUUCCCGUGCUGGUGCAAGGCCGUGUACUCGUGGGGCGGAGAGACCAAGCGCGACCUCGGGUUCAUAGAGGGCGACCUGAUCGAGGUGCUCAAUGCCGGCGACGGGUCCUGGUGGAUGGGCCGGCUGAAGCGCGACAGGCGCAUGGUCGGCCUGUUCCCCAGCAACUUUGUCGAGCUGCUCAGCGAAGACUACCAGCCGUGGAACGCGAGCCGCAACGGCAGCUCGGAGACGGUGUCGCGGCAGAACAGCGCGCAGGCACAGGCACAGGCACAGGCACAGGCACAGGCCAAGCCGGCGCCGCAGAAGCAGAAGAGCAUGUUCCGGAAGCCCUUCACGGCUUAUGCAGCUGCAGGCGCCCCGAACCCAGCGGCUGCCGCGCGUGAGAGACUGCGUGCUGGCGCCUCGGCCCCAACGGUGAAGACGACGAAGCCCUUCUCGUCGAUGAAGCGAGACUCGGCCGAGAGCCGCGAGAGUGCGUCGCCGGCACCAGCGUCGCGCGCGCCCUCGAACCUGCGCGCCGUCUCGCCUCGCCCAGCGACCAAGAGACCGGCGACGUCGCCAGCCAACGCCAACGUCAACCGACACGGCUCCCACGCCCGCACCAACUCGCACCAGCCGCAGCCUUACCGGACCCACGCCUCGCGCGCCGUGUCGCCAGCACCGCCGCCGUCGAGACAGUCCUCCCACACGCGCGCCUACCAACAGCCCUCGACCGCCGUCUCGCCAGCACCGCCCAGAGCCGUCUCGCCCGCGCCACCGCCCCAGCAGCAGUACCACCAAGCCGCGUCUCCGGCGCCGCCCAGACAGUACCAGCCUCGCGCAGCCUCACCGGCUCCCCCAUCCCAGUACCGCGCCUAUGACAAAGGGCCCUCGCCCUCACCCUCGCCGUUGCCGCACUCCUACUCGCGCUCCAUCUCUCCAGCACCGUCCAGACACGGCUCGUACGCAAGAGGGCACUCUCCAGCCCCUCCCGCUCAGUACCACUACCAACAGCGGGCAGUGUCGCCAGCACCUCCGCCCCAGCAGCACCAUCACCGAGCAGUGUCGCCGGCGCCGCCGAGGCAGUAUCAACCAAGGGCAGUCUCUCCAGCGCCGCCGUCGCAGUACCACGCGUACGAUCGAGGUCCCUCGCCUGCUCCCUACCAGCGUGCAGUCUCCCCUGCGCCAUCUUUCCAGGAACGACCGCACUCGCGAGCUGUGUCACCCGCCCCUUCGUUCCACCGACACUCGCGCGCACCAUCUCCGGCGCCCUCGUUUCAGUAUCGUGCAUAUGACCGUGGUCCGUCGCCCUCGCCAUACCAACAACAACUCGAGAGCCGAAGCCCAUCGCCGGCGCCACCGCAAUUCCAAACCCAAUACAAUGACGAGGAAGAAGAAGAAGACGGUCCUCCUCCCCCUCCACCCCCACAUCGCGUUGCAUACGGUCCAAACCGAGCUGUCUCACCAGCACCGCCUCCCCAGGACCGCUUCACCACGCCAGAACCCCCGUCUCCAAACCCUCAAAAAUUCACGCCCUCGCCCCUCACAAACGCCAUGAACGACGUCAUGUCUUCGUUGCAGGACAUGGCCUCGCCAGAAGCAGAGACGCCCUCGCACCCUUGGUCCCCUGACGCUCUCGAUCAAGUGCACCAGGCCUCGGCGAGGAUGGCUGGACUACAGACUGGCAACCGCAGCGGCAGUCGCACCGGCGACGAGGACGAUGAUGAACCUGUCCAAGGACCACCAGAUGUAGAUGACUACGUCAAGCGUAUGGAAAGCCGGUUGCGGAGGAUGCAUCAGAUGGAGGCCAACAAGAAGAAAAAGGACGAGCUGUUCAUGGGCGGCAAGAGCACGCCUCCUCCAGUGCCGGCUAAAAAUUCGUCGUAUCACAGGCCGGGGCCAUCACCGACCAAGGAUGUUGCAGAUGUCGAACGCAGGGAAUCCAGGACGUUGCGCCAUCGCAAGUCGGUCCACGACCUCGGAAAGAGCUUGGGAAGAUCGUUCACCAGCAAGACCAACUCAACCACAACGACUGAAAGCACGAACCGCAGCUUGAUGUCUGGGUAUUCGGCUACAGCCAUGAGCUCUACCAGUGCUGGCAGCUAUUAUCGCAAGAAAUUUGCCGACGACAGUUCUCGAAGUGCGAUGGGAGACCGGCCUUCAGCUGGCAAAGGCUUUGGCUUCGAUGACGGACGGCCGGAGACACCGUUUACUGGCGUAACCUACCACUCAAGCCAUGCUUCGCAGUCUCGACCAGGCUCGAGCGACCACCAACAACAGUCUACGCAACCCAGCACACCUGGAAUGGAGAACCCAGAUCCUCUCGGUGGUUUGACUCAUCCGAAAGCCAGACGAAGUGGCUUCUUCCGCAAGAUGAUCGAUUCUGCGAAGACGCAGGCAGCCAACGCUCGCAGCACCAUGGAGACAAUCAGCAGGCCGGCCUCUCGCGCAGCUAGCCGUGCUGCCAGUCGUGCGGCUAGCAGAGCAGGGAACCGCGUGGAAACCGGCACUCCAGCAGGCUUUGCUGGUGGCUCGGCUGCUGCCCAUCAGCCAACACCCAGCAGAGACGGUGGUCUUGGAACGACUGACUGGGUACAAGUGCGCCGAGACGUCAAUCGCUCCAACUCACUGAGCAACAACGAACGCGUCGAACGGGCAGAGCGCUGCCAGAUGAUGGACUACCCUACUCUUAAUCCUGUCGACAUUCUCAACGAGUCUGUCGAAGGCGAUGAAGGCCUCGACGGUCUGCCAAUUGCCGAGCCCAUCGACUUUGCAGCGUGCAGCCUGGCUCAUGUGGACAAAGGAACCCGUUUCAUCAACAGCAUCCCGCUAGGAACAACAUCAGCUGCUCUUGCGCAAGGUUACGUCUGCAGGCCAUUCAGAAGCGAUGUACAGCGUCUACGCGCUAUUUUCACCUGGGUCAGCGAACGCAUCACCUGGGAAGAAGACUUCGAGGGCGAGAUGGACACUCGACACGUGCUCCAGAGCAAGCGUGGGUGCUCGCAGGAAAUCGCCAUGGUGGUUGCCGAAAUGUGCGCCUCUGUUGGUCUUCACGCUGAGGUCGUGCGUGGUUACCUGAAGACGCCUGGAGAAGCUCUGGAUCUCGAUAGUGUUGCUCGACCAAACCAUUCGUGGAACGCAGUCAUUGUGGAUGGCGAAUGGCGAAUGAUGGACUGUUCGCUCGCAGGACCAACCAAUCCCAAGCGUGUACACUUCUCCAGUGCUGGGUCCCAAGUCGCUGAAAGCUGGUACUUUCUUGCCCGCCCGCUCGAGAUUUGCUAUUCGCACGUUCCUCUGCUUCCUGAACAGCAACACAUCUGCCCACCUCAACCUCAUGAUGUCCUCAUGGCCCUUCCUUGUGCGACACCAACGUACUUCAAGCAUGGCUUGAAGAUUGUCGACUUUGACACCAGUAUGCUGAAUCUUGACAACCUAGAGAUGGCGCACGUGUAUGUCAACGUUCCCGAGGAUGUCGAGUGCGUCGCGGAAGUAGAAGCCAGAGCGUUCUCGCAGGACGCGGAUGGUGACUACUUUGAGAGCGGCGACUUUGUUCGCAAGCCAGCACUUGCGCAGGUGGAGUGGAUUGGAGGACAAAAGCGGUAUACUGUCAAAGCGCUGCUGCCGGGAGACGAAGGACUUGGUGUGCUCAAGAUCUUCGCCGGGCCUCGAGGACUCAUGCACUCCAACAAGCAGAACCCGCACACCCUAGCCAUCGGCCUUCCCAUAACGCACACAGGCAGCAACCCUCCCUACUCGUUCCUGACACUCCACCCAACCCCACACGCUCAGCGCCACGAUCUCUACGUCGCACAGCCUCAGUGCUCCAACCUCGUGCUCAACAACACAUUCGUCUUCUGCGUCCGCCAACAUCCUUCGUCGACAAGCCGGACGGAGCCUGCGACAGCUCUCACCGGGCGGGCAUCGCCCAAUCCGUUUGCGCGCCCUACUUCGGCCAUGAGCAUGCAGAGCAUAUCGGCUACCGGGUCGAAUUAUACCAACCCGUCUCAGGCGUCGUCAGGAUCGAGCGGCAGCAGCGUGAUGAAGCCAGCGAAACUGGCGAUUCAGACGCCAUCAGGCAAGAUUAUCAGAUUGACGAGGAAGAAUGAGCAUGUCAGUGUGCUGAGCGACGCGGACGGAACGGCGUGGGAGACGGUGAUCAAGAUUGGGGAGAAGGGGACGUGGAGGGGACUGGUGCUGGCGGAUCGGAGCGCGAGAUGGUGCGUGUUUGCGCAAUGGGAGUGCGCUUGA